CGUCACCGAAGCGCGCCGGAAAUGCGCGAUCAUCUGAACGCCGCCGGCGCUGAGGCGGGGAAGUUGGCUUCUGGGCGGCCUGGGUUCGGCGGGCUAGGCUGCGAGCGGCGGCGGCGGCGGCGGCAGGGCUGCUUCGACAAACAGAGGGCAGCGCGAUGGGAGACGAGAUGGAUGCCAUGAUCCCCGAGCGGGAGAUGAAGGAUUUUCAGUUUAGAGCACUAAAGAAGGUGAGAAUCUUUGACUCCCCUGAGGAGUUACCCAAGGAACGCACAAAUCUGCUUGCCGUGUCCAACAAAUAUGGUCUGGUCUUUGCUGGUGGAGCUAGUGGGUUGCAAGUAUUUUCUACCAAAAAUCUUCUUAUUCAAAAUAAACCUGGAGAUGAUCCCAAUAAAAUAGUUGAAAAAGUACAAAGUUUGCUAGUUCCUAUGAAAUUCCCGAUCCAUCACCUAGCCCUGAGCUGUGAUAACCUCACACUGUCUGUGUGCACGGUGUCCAGUGACUAUGGUUCCAUUGGCGCUUUUUUUGAUGUCCGCACAUUCUCAAAUGAGACCAGACAGCAGAAGCGACCAUUUGCCUAUCAUAAGCUAUGGAAAGAUGCGGGAGGCAUGGUGAUCGAUAUGAAGUGGAACCCCACUGUCCCCUCCAUGGUGGCAGUUUGUCUGGCUAAUGGCAUUAUCAGUGUACUACAAGUCACAGAAACAGUGAAAGUGUGUGCAACUCUUCCUUCCACGGUAGCAGUAACGUCUGUGUGCUGGAGCCCCAAAGGAAAGCAGCUGGCGGUCGGAAAACAGAAUGGAACUGUAGUCCAGUAUCUUCCUACUUUGCAGGAAAAAAAAGUCAUUCCUUGUCCUCCAUUUUAUGAGUCAGAUCAUCCAGUCAGAGUUCUGGAUGUGCUAUGGAUUGGUACGUAUGUCUUCACCAUAGUAUAUGCGGCAGCAGAUGGGACCCUGGAAACAUCUCCAGAUGUGGUGAUGGCUCUACUACCGAAAAAAGAAGAAAAACACCCAGAGAUAUUCGUGAACUUUAUGGAGCCCUGCUAUGGCAGCUGCACGGAGAGGCAGCACCAUUACUAUCUCAGCUACGUUGAGGAGUGGGAUUUAGUGCUGGCGGCCUCUGCAGCUUCAACAGAAGUUAGUAUCCUUGCUCGACAAAGUGAUCAGAUUAAUUGGGAAUCUUGGCUACUGGAGGAUUCGAGUCGAGCUGAACUGCCUGUGACAGACAAGAGUGAUGACUCCUUACCUGUGGGAGUUGCCAUAGAUUAUACUAACCAAGUGGAAAUCACCAUCAAUGAUGAAAAGACUCUUCCUCCUGCUCCAGUUCUCAUGUUACUUUCAACAGAUGGUGUGCUUUGUCCAUUUUAUAUGAUCAAUCAAAAUCCUGGGGUUAAGUGUCCCAUCAGGACACCGGAGCGGCUCUCUUUAGAGGGAGAGCGACAACCCAAGUCACCAGGAAGUACUCCUACUAUGCCGACCUCCCCUCAAGCUCCACAGAAACUGGAUGCCUCUGCAGCUGCGGCCUCUGCCUCUCUGCCCUCUUUAUCACCUGCGUCUCCCCUCGCCAACUUCUCUUUGCUUUCUGCUGCUGGAGCCCCUGCUGUGUUCGCCUUUGGCUCUUCAUCCUUGAAAUCACCCACUUCUGUCACUGGGGAGCCCCCUUCGUAUUCCAGUGGCUCUGACAGCUCCAAAGCAGCCCUGGGCUCUGGCGCAUCUACCUUCUCUUUUGCUCCUCCUUCUAAAGCCUCCCCGACCCCCACCUCUGCAGUGUCUCCUAUGGCCCCGGCAGCUGCUUCAUUCCCUUUUGGACCAUCGGGUUUUAAGCCUACCCUGGAAAGUACACCAGUGCCAAGUGUGCCUGCUCCAAACACAGCAAUGAAGCCCACCUUCCCACCUUCAACCUCUGCGGUCAAAGUCAACCUUAGUGAAAAGUUUACUGCCAUGGCUGCCUCUUCUCCUGCUAACGCCUCGAUGCCACCAUUCUUUCCUGCCUCCAAGCCAGCUGCUUCUGGACCUCUCAGCCAUCCCACACCUCUCUUGGCCUCUUCAGGUUCCAUAUCAUUGAAGUCCUCAGUCACUCCCUCACCAUCAGGACGAUCUGCUCAGGGCAGUCCAAGCCCAGUACCCUCCAUGGUACAGAAAUCACCCAGGAUAACCCCUCCAGUGGCAAAGUCAUCUUCUCCUCAGGUGAAGUCACUUCAGCCUCCUGUUAUGGAAAAGCAGGGACAUCAGUGGAAAGAUUCAGAUCCUGUGAUGGCUGGAAUUGGGGAGGAGAUUGCACACUUUCAGAAGGAGUUGGAAGAGUUGAAAGCCCGAACUUCCAAAGCCUGUUUCCAAGUGGGCACCUCUGAGGAGAUGAAGACACUGCGAACAGAGUCAGAUGACUUGCACACCUUUCUUUUGGAGAUUAAAGAGACCACGGAGUCGCUUCAUGGAGAUAUAAGCACCCUGAAAACAACUCUACUUGAGGGCUUUGCUGGUGUUGAAGAAGCCAGAGAGCAAAAUGAAAGAAAUUGUGACUCUGGAUACCUCCAUUUGCUUUACAAAAGGCCACUGGAUCCCAAGAGUGAAGCUCAGCUUCAGGAAAUUCGGCGCCUUCACCAGUAUGUGAAAUUUGCUGUCCAAGAUGUGAAUGAUGUUCUAGACUUGGAGUGGGAUCGGCAUCUGGAACAAAAGAAAAACCAAAGGCAUCUGCUUGUGCCAGAGCGAGAGACGCUGUUUAACACCCUAGCCAACAACCGGGAAAUCAUCAACCAACAGAGAAAGAGGCUCAGUCACCUGGCAGACAGUCUCCAACAGCUCCGCCUCUACAACCAGACUUCCACAUGGACCCUUCCCUUGGCUGUUCCUUCACAGAACAGCACUCACAGUUUUGACAGUGACCUUGAAAGCCUGCGCAAUGCUUUAUUGAAAACCACCAUAGAAUCUCAUACCAGAUCCUUGCCCAAAGUACCAGCUAAACUGUCCCCCAUGAAACAGGCACAACUGAGAAACUUCUUGGCCAAGAGGAAGACCCCACCAGUGAGAUCCACUGCUCCAGCCAGCCUGUCUCGGUCAGCCUUUCUGUCUCAGAGAUAUUAUGAAGACUUGGAUGAAGUCAGCUCAACGUCCUCUGUCUCCCAGUCUCUGGAGAGUGAAGACGCCCGGGUGUCCUGCAAAGACGAGGAGGUGGUGGCCCAGUUCCCUCGGCAUGCCCCUGUGGUUCGCACUCCCUCCAUCCAGCCCAGUCUCUUGCCCCAGGCGACGACUUUUACUAAGUCUCACCUGGUUCAUGGUUCUUCACCUGGGGUGAUGGGACCUGCAAUGUCUACAUCUGCUAGCAAGAUAAUUCCUCAGGGGGCCGACAGCACAAUGCUUGCAACAAAAACUGUGAAACAUGGUGCCCCCAGUCCUUCCCACCCCAUGUCAGCUCCCCAGGCUGCCGCUGCUGCAGCACUCAGGCGGCAGAUGGCCAAUCAGGCACCAGCUGUAAACACUUUGACAGAAUCAACUUUGAAGAACGUCCCUCAAGUGGUCAAUGUGCAGGAACUGAAGAAUAAUCCAGCCACCCCCUCUGCAGCAAUGGGUUCUCCAGUGCCAUACUCUGCAGCCAAAACGCCUCACCCAGUGUUAACUCCAGUGGCUGCUAGCCAAACCAAGCAGGGGUCUCUAAUAAAUUCCCUAAAGCCAUCUGGACCCACACCAACAUCCAGUCAAUUGUCAUCUGGUGAUAAAGCUUCAGGGCCUGGGACAGCCAAGAUAGAAACAGCUGUGACUUCGACCCCAUCUGCUACUGGGCAGUUCAGCAAGCCUUUCUCAUUUUCUCCAUCAGGGACUGGCUUUAAUUUUGGGAUAAUCACACCAACACCGUCAUCUACCUUCACUGCCACACAAGGGGUGACACCCACCACCAAAGAAUCAAGCCAGCUCGACGCAUUCUCAUUUGGCGGGGGAGGCAAACCUUUUUAUGAGACCAUUCCUGAAAGCUCUUCACCCUCCACAGUCACAUCAGCAUCAGACACCACCCCAGGAGAGUCUGCCCCAUCUAACAGCAGACCUGCAGCACCUUCUGGAAUUGCUCUUUCCACCACCUCUAGCAAGCUGGAAAUGCCACUGUCCAAGUUGGGGGAGCUUCUGUUUCCAGGUUCUUUGGCUGGAGAGACUCUAGGAAGCUUUUCAGGUCUACGGGUUGGCCAAGCAGAUGAUUCUACAAAGCCAGCCAGUAAGGCUUCAUCCACAGGCCAGACUAGUGCCCAGCCAGCCAAGACUUCAAGUGUACAUUCAGGGUUUAGUUUUACUAACCCUCCAGCAUUAGGGAAGCAUGUGGAGCCUCCUGUGACCUCCUCUGUGACUGCGACCGCAGUAUCACCGCCAGCAGCCACCAGCACAAGUGCUGGCAGUUCCCCGACUGGUGUUUUUGGCAGUCUGUCACUCACCAGUGCGGGAUCCUCCGGGGUCAUUGGUUUUGGUGGGACAUUGCUAAGUGGUAGCAAGACUGGUUUUUCAUUUGGAAGCCAACAGACUAGUAGCACAGUGUCCCCCUCGGCUGCACCAACAACUACAGCUGCCACUUCCCUUCUGACAGCAUUCCCCACACUGUCAUUCAGUAGCCUUCUGAGUUCAACAUCUGCCCCUUCCCUGCCUGUGCCCUCUGGUAAAAGCACAGAGGAGGCCACAUCACCCACUUUGUCUGAGAAACCAGGCAGCAGUGAGGUCUCCACAUCCUCAUCACUUUCAGGGCAGCAGCCAUCAGCCCAGCUUCCCCAGGCUCCUCUGCACGCUUCUGACUCUGCUAAGAAAGAAUCUGCUCUUGCCCAGCCUGCAGUCAGCAACCUUGGCACCCCAGCACCUAGUCCCAGUCUCAUAGCACCUUCUGCAGAGGCCACUCCAGCAGCCACCACAGGCCCUGAUGUCAGGGCAGAGGCAGUAUCUCCUGCUCUCACCCUUCCAACCUCCGGGCAGAUGGCGGCCACAGCAGCGGCCGUCUCAAGCGCCGCAGGCCCUGUGACCGUUGAGACGUCAGGCACUUCCACCGCCUCCAGCACUGCUUCCAGUGUUGCUUCCGGCCCAGCCACAGAGGCAGCAGUGUUUGGGACUGUCGCCUCCAGCUCCUCGGUCUCUACACAGCCCCCGGCCGCCAGUGCUAGCUCAGCUUUCAGCCAGCUCACCAGCAAUGCAGCCACAGCCCCCUCCACCACCCCCGUGUUUGGGCAGGUGGCAACCAGCACUGCACCAAGCUUGUUCGGGCAGCAGACAGGCAGUGUAGCCAGCACAGCAUGCACCACACCACAGGUCAGCAGCUCGGGGUUUGGCAGUCCAGCCUUUGGCGCCUCUGCCCCAACGCCAGGGGUCUUUGGACAGACGCCCUUUGGACAGGCCCCAGCCUUUGGGCAGUCAACGAGCAGCCCUGCAGGCGGCUUUUCCUUCAGCCAGCCCGGGUUCAGUUCCGUGCCCGCCUUCGGCCAGUCGGCUGCCUCCACCCCCACAUCCACCAGUGGACAUGUCUUUGGUGCCUCCUCAAGUGCCAGUAGCUCCAGUUCCUUCUCCUUUGGACAGUCUUCUGCCAACACAGGAGCGGGGCUGUUUGGCCAAGGCAACCCUCCUGCUUUUGGUCAGAGUCCUGGCUUUGGGCCGGGAGGCUCCGUAUUUGGUGGGACCUCGGCUGCCACCACCACGGCAGCAUCCUCUGGCUUUAGCUUUUGCCAGGCUUCAGGUUUUGGGUCAAGUAAUACUGGCUCUGUGUUUGGUCAAGCAGCCAGUACUGGUGGAACAGUCUUUGGCCAGCAGUCAUCCUCUUCCAGUGGUAGUGUGUUUGGGUCUGGAAACACUGGACAAGGGGGAGGUUUCUUCAGUGGCCUUGGAGGGAAACCCAGCCAGGAUGCAGCCAACAAAAACCCAUUCAGCUCGGCCGGCGGGGGCUUCGGAUCUACAGCCACCCCAAAUGCCUCUAACCUGUUCGGAAACAGUGGGGCCAAGACAUUUGGUGGAUUCGGCAGCUCGUUUGGAGAGCAGAAGCCCGCGGGCACUUUCAGCUCUGGAGGAGGAAGCGUGGCGUCCCAAGGCUUCGGGUUUUCCUCUCCAAAUAAGACAGGUGGCUUCGGUGCUGCUCCAGUGUUUGGCAGCCCUCCUACUUUUGGGGGAUCCCCUGGGUUUGGAGGGGUGCCAGCAUUCGGUUCAGCCCCAGCCUUUACAAGCCCUCUGGGCUCGACGGGAGGCAAAGUGUUCGGAGAGGGCACUGCGGCUGCCAGCGCAGGAGGAUUCGGGUUCGGGAGCAGCAGCAACACCACGUCCUUCGGCACCCUCGCGAGCCAGAAUGCUCCCACAUUUGGGUCACUGUCCCAGCAGACCUCUGGAUUUGGGACCCAGAGCAGCGGAUUCUCUGGCUUUGGAUCAGGUGCAGGAGCAUUCACCUUCGGAUCAAAUAACUCGUCUGUGCAGGGGUUUGGCGGCUGGAGAAGCUGAGUGGGUGUCAGCGGCCGUUUCAGUUCUAUGACCAACUGCAUUUUCGGCUUCUCUUCACCAGGAAGUGCUAGAGCAGGCUGUUAAAGUGGACGUUCUCACUGAAAUACACAUCCCCAAAACAACAGAAACCAAAACUCAGAGAUGCCUGGUUGCUUAUUCUGUUGUGUUUUAUAUUUUGUGUUGAGUUUUCCCACUGCUAUUAAACUGUUGGUCUGUUCCGUA